AUGCUGUUCGGCCGCUGCUGUGCAACCGCCUUUGAUGUGAGCUCCUUUGCAGUGAUAGAUCGCUGCGAGAAAGGAGCCCAGCUUGGCAGGUAUAUAGAAGAGGAAAGGGGGGCGGAGGGCGGGCAGGUUGCUAUUGGCAGAACAGACAUUGAAGACUUGGACCUCUAUGCUACAUCUCGGGAGAGGCGAUUUCGUUUAUUUGCUUCUAUAGAAUGUGAAGGGCAGUUAUUCAUGACUCCAUAUGAUUUUAUUUUGGCUGUUACAACAGAUGAGCCCAAAUUUGCUAAAACAUGGAAGUCACUUUCUAAACAGGAGUUAAAUCAAAUGCUCUCAGAAACACCACCAGUUUGGAAGGGAUCAUCAAAGCUAUUUAGAAACCUUAAAGAAAGAGGUGUGAUUUCAUACACAGAAUAUCUUUUUCUUUUAUGUAUUUUAACAAAACCACAUGCAGGUUUUAGAAUAGCUUUCAACAUGUUUGACACUGAUGGCAAUGAAAUGGUGGAUAAAAAAGAGUUUUUAGUGCUUCAAGAGAUAUUCAGGAAAAAGAAUGAAAAGAGAGAAACUAAAGGAGAUGAAGAAAAGCGUGCAAUGCUGCGUCUUCAACUUUAUGGAUACCAUUCUCCUACUAAUAGUGUGCUUAAAACAGAUGCUGAGGAACUCGUCUCCAGAAGCUAUUGGGAUACACUGAGACGUAACACAAGCCAAGCACUCUUUUCAGACCUCGCAGAGCGUGCUGAUGACAUCACAAGUUUAGUAACUGAUACAACACUUCUUGUACACUUUUUUGGAAAGAAAGGAAAAGCUGAACUCAACUUUGAAGAUUUUUAUAGAUUCAUGGAUAACCUCCAAACAGAAGUUCUAGAAAUAGAAUUCCUUUCCUACUCUAAUGGAAUGAAUACUAUCAGUGAAGAAGAUUUUGCUCAUAUUCUAUUACGAUACACAAAUGUGGAAAAUAUAUCAGUAUUUUUGGAAAAUGUGCGUUACAGUAUACCUGAAGAAAAGGGCAUUACAUUUGAUGAAUUCAGGUCAUUUUUCCAGUUUCUGAACAACCUAGAAGACUUUGCAAUAGCCCUGAAUAUGUAUAACUUUGCAAGUCGUUCUAUAGGGCAAGAUGAAUUUAAACGUGCCGUCUAUGUAGCUACUGGACUCAAACUUUCACCACAUUUAGUGAACACUGUCUUCAAGAUUUUUGAUGUUGACAAAGAUGAUCAAUUAAGUUAUAAAGAAUUUAUUGGAAUUAUGAAAGACAGACUCCAUAGAGGAUUUCGGGGUUAUAAAACAGUCCAGAAGUAUCCCACUUUCAAAUCCUGCCUGAAGAAAGAACUUCAUAGCAGAUAAAUACUUCUAAAACAAAAUUUAAAGGAUUGCUAUCUAUGUGACAAAUACAAAAAGAAAAAACUUCAGAGUGGAAGCAGAUCUAAGAUCAGAACAAAUAGGAAAUGAAGGAAAAGUGAAAUGCUGUGAAAUUGUUUUUCUUGAACUGAUUUUUUAAGCAUAAAACAGAAGAAAUACAUCUUCUUACAACAAAUGUUAUAUAUAAUCAAGUUCAGCUUUUGCCUCGAUUUACUGAAAUCUCUGCACUUUUUCAUUCCCUUCAUAAAUAUAUAGGUACUUCCAGUGAUUAUAAAAGAAUGUAUUUAAAAUGUUAUUUAUUUAUUUAUUAAAAAUUUGCCUCAUUUCAAAAUAAUUUAUGAUAUAGAAUGUAGAUCAUCUAAAAUGAACACAUUUUCUUUGGUUUUGAACUGUGAACUGAUUUUCAGAGAAUGGUACUGUUUGAGAUUUAUCUUAGAAUCCUUAGAAUUGUUAAUAUCCUUGUUAUUUACUAGGUUUUUAAUUACAUUAAAAUAAUUUUGAAAAACAAAUAGAAAUUAAGCUACUACUACAUAAUAUGAUGGUUUACAUUGUACUUUUAACUUUUUAAAGUACGUAAUUAACAUUUAUUGUUUGACUUGUAUAAAGUUUUUUAAAAUUUUAGUUCAUUUACCAAAGUCAACAGAAUGUCUGACAUCCUUUCAUGUAUACUGUAAAGAAAUUGAAAGUAGUUUUUUUCCCCCAAUGAUGGUAGAAGCAGUGGUAAUUGUAAGAGUAGUCACUGUCAUUGUCUUAAACAUGAUGCUGCUCCUGAUUGCAGGUGGAAUACAUUAAUAACACUAGUAAAAAAUAAUAUCUUAGAGCUCUGUAACUUAUUGCAUAUUGUUGAUAUAUAUCUAGCAUCAAAAUGAAUGUUGUAAACAACUGAUAUAAAAUGGUUUAGAAGACUGAUGUAUGUAUUAGGUAGAAGCUAAUAUUUUGUUUCUUGCAAAAGGACCACAUGCAAAAGUGAUGCUUAACAGCAGGUAAUAAUGAAUAUAUGUAAUUUAUUAUUUCAAAAUAAUAUGUCUUAAAAGGGAAAAUAAAAACUUUUCUUUGAAUCACAACAAAAUUAGAAUUUUACAUGGGGGAAUAAUUUGAUGAUACUUAAAAUCUGUUCAGUUAAAAAUGUUUCAUUUAUAUCAGGAUAUUAUAUCAAAUAGAGCAGUGAAUUUAAAUUAAUAUACAGUAUUUAUAUAUUGCAUCCAGAAGACAAGUUUAUUUAUCUUCCUUUUUAAGCCAUAUUUAAUGUAAGUUGCAUACACUCCAACUAUUGCCUUGCUUUUGCAUAUGAAAACAGGAAAUGCUGACUUUGUUUUUAUGUUAUUAAAUGUGAAAUUGAUCUGCAUCAGUGUAUUUAUAAAAGUAAUGUUAUUUUCAGGAAAAUGUUUUUGUCAGCACUGAUUCUGUAUUUGUUAAACUUUUUACAUUCUUUAUCUGAUAUAGUUUAUUACACUGGUUUAGAAGUAUAUGAUUCAUAAAUUUAAGGAUACCAUAUAGUGCGAUAAUUUAAUUUCACCUGCUUUGAAGUAUGAUUCAACUGACAGACUAAGUGAAAAUGCCUACUCAUUUAACAUGCCCUAGGUCUAUUAUACCUUACAGUGAAUAUUCUCAACAUUAUUUAGUAACUAAAAUACUUGAAAAAAUACAGUUUAAUCCUUAAUUAUAAGUCAUAUUAUCUUACAUGCAUGAAAAAAAUCCUGUAAAUAUAGACUAAAAAUUAAAUUAGCCCACUAAAAUUCUUUAUAAUUUUGUCAUUCCCCUAAGGAAGAACACCGUGCUAGACAUGUAAUCUUUAUUCUUUAGUGCUUAUCAUUGUGAGUGGACAAAUAUUUCUUUAUAAAGCUGCAAUAUAACCCUAAAAUGGGAAUACAUAAAAUAUUCUCAUCAAUUAAAGUAGAAAAGAAAAUACCGCGAUUUCCUUUGUAUUAUCAUUUUUGAACUUUAUCAUGUAUAAAAUGUGAAGUAAAAAUAUCUCACUGGGUUAUUUUAUGUGACAAUUUAAAAACUUUUUACUGCUUUGAAAAUAAUGUACUAGCUACAUGUAUGCUGUUAUUUUCCUAUUUCCUUCAAUAAAUUAUUAUUUAGAAAGAUUAGGCUAUAGACAAACUUUUAAUAUACUUUUUUACAAAAAGCAUACAUGAUAAACAGUUUAUGGUACUUUUCAGAAUCAUUUCAUAAAAAGAAAUUUAUUUAAGUUCCAAUUUGUUAUUUUUAUCAUAAAUUAUCAUUGUAAACCUGUCUUACAUUCUCAUGUUAUUUUUAAAUAAAUAUAUCUGCCCUUGAAUUAGGAAA